AUGCUAUAGCAAUAAACAAAGAUUAAUCAUUAGUUAUUGUUGGAUGUUUGUCCAAAAUUUAGGUAUAUUAAUUAUAGAAUAAUAAGUAUUACUUAAGAGAUUAGCUCACAUACUGAUAAUGUUAAUUUUUUUAAGAUACAAACAAAUAUAUUUAUAUCUGGGAGUGAUGAUAACAAUAAGAAUUUUGGAAAUGAAGGAAAAUAAUUAAUUAUGAUUUGUAAAUAACAAUUAGAUGGACAUACUGAUAGUAUAGUUUGCUUAAUAUGUAAUAAAACUGAAGAUCUCAUAAUUUCUGGUGGGGAAAAAAAUUGUUUGAGUCUUAAAAUGAAUGGUUAUUUUCUUAAAAAAUUACAACUCAAUAAGGUUAUGUAUUUAGUUUAUCUUUAAAUAUUUCAUAUCCAAUUUAAUUAAUUAAUUUCUUGUGGUAGAGAUCAUAAAAUAUUAGUAAGGAAUAAAGAAAAUGAGAAUUAGAAUGUUCAUUAAAAUAAUAUCAGUUGAGUAAUAUGAAUUAAGAGUUUGUUUAAUAGAUGAUGAUGCAUUUACAUUCUAAUCUAGGAAUCAUAAUAGAAUGCAUAUUUAUUAAAUGAAAGAUAAGAAUUAUUUUCAAACCAAAUAAAUUAAUAUUUAUAAUGGAAAUAAUUUGUGUUUUUUUUUUUAAUAAUUCAUAAAAUAGAAAUAAAUUCUUGUAAUAAGAUCAACUCUUUAUAUAAAAGUCAACCCUAAUUCUGAAUUUGUUUUAAAAUAUUCUAUUGAGUUUAAUCCUCAUUUUAUUUAUGAAACCUUAAGUGAGGAUGGAAAAUAUCUGUUAUCUUGGUCUCAUCAAACUAAAGAAAUAUCAAUUCGGAUGCAAGAGCGAAUAUCAUAAUAUUUUAUUUUAUCAUUAUAUUUUUUAAGCCGUUAGGUUACUUAUGUAUAUGUAGAGAUAGUUUGUUAUGUUAUGAAAGGCAUUAAGUAUAUUACAGAACAUCUCUCAAAUCUUUCUAAAAAAAAUAGUUUAUAAAACUAUUUCUUGUAAGAGUUAAUAUUUGUAUACAAGAGAUAUCUAAUGGAUUAUAUAAAAGCAAAAGUUAUUUAUAUCUUAUAUUUAAAAAGAAUAAAAUUUUAGUUGAGUUGA